ACCUAGCGUCGAUGUGAUGGUCGACUUGGGUAACCCCUUGUUGAACCGUGUUGUGGAUGGGUUCAUCAAGGUUGGAGGGAUCGGUGCUUUGCAUGCCGCUGCUCAAGAUUCUUACCGACUCACGCUGCAAGAGGAGACAAGCCAGAGGUCUUUGGAGAAGACUGCCCGACGGUUGGGCAAGGAGGCUUUGCAGUGGGGUCUGGCUGCCGGAGUUUACACCGGCGUGACGUACAGCAUGCAGGAGGCUCGUGGCAUUUCCGACUGGAGAAACCCACUGGUGGGGGGAGCCAUCACUGGAGCUGCAUUGUCGCUGACCGAGACCGACCCCCGCUUGGAUCGUGUGGUUCAAUCCGCUGUCACUGGUAGUGCCAUUGCCAGCGCUGCGGAGUUCUUGCGCAAUCUCACUAGUUAGGGAAUGCAAGGUCGACAUGUUAAAGUAAAUUGUCUGUAAAUUUGCGUGAUGCCGCCGCAGCUACUGUCGUUGUAAAACGACUGUCAAUGUAAUUUGUGCCUAACUACUGGCGUUCUUGUGAAAUGUUCAACACCUAUCUCAUUUUUGUCUCC